AUGCCUGUUGCCGCUGCUGGGGUCGCCAGAGGCCAUAGGGACCAACGCCAAACUUCAGGGAGGUGGCUCUGGGAAGAUGGCCAAGAAUGUGAGUGCAAAGGUUGGUUCCUGAGAGCCCCUACAAGAAAACUCAUGACAGUGCCUAGGCUGCCAAAGAAGCACUGUCCCUGUGAUCACUUCAAAAGCACAGUGAAGAAAACCAGGCAUCAAAAGUCCCACAGGCAGCCAAACAAGCACUCCAGAGCCUGCCAGCAGUUUCUCAAACGAUGUCAACUAGCAAGCUUUGCUCUGCCUUUAUAG